AUGUUUGGCUCUAGCGGUUUCGGUGGCUUUGGCCAGCAGAACAACCAGCAACAGCAGCAGCAACCGCAGCAGCCAGCUGGUGGUCUCUUUGGUCAACCACAGCAGCCCACUACGCCUGCUCAGACCGGCUUUGGCGCUUCCACAGGCUUUGGAUCCUCAGGUGGCUUUGGCGCAGCGCAGCCAGCUGCCCAGACCGGCGGUGGUCUGUUCGGACAGCAACCCUCCCAGACGCAGACCCCUUCUUUUGGCGGCUUUGGCGCAAACAAUAACAAUGCAUCCACCACAGGCGCUUUCGGCGCACGUCCCGCCGGCGCCACCGGCUUCGGUGGCUUUGGCGCGCCCGCUUCGACCUCCGGUACUAGCUCUUUUACAUUUGGCUCCACUCCUAACCAGCAGCAGCAACAGCCAGCGGCUGGUGGUUUUGGCGCGUCCACAUUUGGCUCAGCGGCUCCAGCUACCGGCGGCCUUUUCGGACAGCAGCAGCAACAGCAGCCAGCUGCAGGUGGAUUCGGUGCGACAGGCGGUGCGUUUGGCCAGCCUGCCGCCGGCGCAAUUCCCAGCCAGAUCACACAGGGCACUGCCACGGUUCCCUACGACCCGGUUCGUGAAGACUUGACCCCAACAGAGCACAUCAAGGACCGCAAGAGUUGGGACGUCCAGCAGGCCAUCAACGUCAUGCCCGCCUACUCGCACUACAGCAUCGAGGAGCUCCGUCUCAUGGAUUAUCAGCAGGGCCGAUCCAAGGGCAACGCGGGCCCUGGUGCCACUGGCGCCCCUUCCACUGGCUUUGGCUUUGGCGCAUCAAACGCCUCCACCGGCGCCUUCGGUCAGCCCCAGCAGUCUUCCGCCGGUUUCGGUGCUACCCCUUCCACGACAGCCUCAGGCGGUCUCUUUGGUCAACCCCAACAACAGCAGCAAUCCGGCGGCCUCUUUGGCCAGCAAAACAACCAGCAGCAGGCCGGAGGUCUCUUUGGGGCCAAGCCUACCACCACCGGCUUUGGCGCCUCGACGUCCAGCGGAGGUCUCUUUGGUCAGCAGCAGAACCAGCCUCAGACUGGUGGCCUGUUCGGUCAGCAACAACAGCAGCAGCCUUCUUCCAGCUUUAGCUUUGGCUCGCAACCUCAGCAGCCUGCUGCCAGCACUGGCUUCACGUUUGGUGCCAACAACAACAACCAGCAGCAGCAGAACAAGCCCGCCUUUGGCUUUGGCGCCUCCACCACCCAGCCUGCUCAGACCGCUUCCACCGGCUUUGGGUUUGGUGCCAACAACAACCAGCAGCAGCCCGGUCAGACGGGCACUGGCUUUGGUGCUGGUGCCACCGGCACCACAGGCGGAUUCUCGUUCGGCCAAAAGCCUGCCACUGGUGGCCUGUUUGGCGCUGCCACCUCACAGCCCGGUCAGACGGCCGGCGCAACCAGCACUUUUGGCGGCUUCGGCGCCAAUAACAACGCAGCUACGCAGAACAAACCCGCUUUCGGCUUUGGCGCAGGGGGAGGUUUCGGUGCAACCUCAGGCGCUGGCACUGGCACUACCGCCGCUCCUGCUGCCACUGGCGGCAUCUUUGGCGGGGCUGGCUCGACGCAGCCCAGCGGUGGUCUCUUUGGCAGCACCAACACAGCCGCAGGGGGUGCUGCAGGUACCACAGGAGGCUUUAGCUUUGGCGCCAACAACAACCAGCAGGCCAACCAGCAGCCCGGCCAGACUGGCGCCACCGGCGGCUUUGGAGGUAGUCUCUUUGGCGCCAAGCCAGCAGGUCAGACGGGCGCGCAGCCAGCCUCUGGCGGUCUCUUUGGCGCUGCAGGCACCCAGACGGGUCAGCAGGGUAGCACUGGCUUUGGCGCUGGCGCAUCGACCGGUGGAGGUCUCUUCGGCAGCACGGCCAACAAGCCAGCCACCGGCGGCUUUUCGUUUGGUGCAGGCGGCGGCUCUUCGCUCUUCGGCGGCAACAACCAGCAGAACAACCAGCAGCAAGGUGCCGGCGGUCUCGGAGGAGGCUUUGGCCAGACGCAGAACAACACAUCAGGAGGUCUCUUUGGCCAAUCGAACCAGACCUCGACCGGUGCCACUGGCGGAGGACUUUUCGGCGGUGCCGGCAACACCGGAGGCUCGUCGCUCUUUGGCAACACGGGCGCAUCCAACACGGGCGGUGGCCUCUUUGGCAGCUCUACCCAGAACGCUACCGGCGGCGGUCUCUUUGGCGGUCUCGGCGGUGCGCAGAACCAGCAAGCCUCGGGAGGUCUCUUCGGCCAGUUGCAGCAAAACCAGCAGCAGCCAGGCUUGUUGCAGAACCAACAGCAGCAACCCACCGUUCAGGCUUCGCUUGACGCGAACCCUUACGGCACCGACAGCCUCUUUGCCUCAAACCCGAUCAAUGGCGCUGCUGGGGGCUCGGCGGCUAACGGUGCUUCGCUCCCCUUCAACGUGGCCCCCAAGAACAAGCCGCCUCUCACCACGCCCUUCCGCUCCAGCCCGCGUGGCGCCAACAAGAUCAACCGCCUGCGCGGCUCGACGCCUGGUGCCUCGGGUCUCGGCAGCUCCAGCUUUGUCCGCGAGGGGACACCUGGAUCGUUCCGAGAAGGCACUCCGGGCGCACACGCUCGCUUUGGUACGCCUGGACGUGCUGGUUCACCUGCUCUCUUCAAGGGCCUGAGCGACGAGUACAGCCAGCCACUGUCUUCGCAAGCCUUUGUUUCGCGACCGUCGGCGAAGCGCCUGGUGCUCGACGAUGCCGGAGAGAACAGUUUCUCUGCCUCGCGCAUCGGGCGCAGCGGCAGUGUGCCCCACUUUGACACAGGCAGCAGCCCAGCCGUCGGCUCGCUCGGUGCUUCAGCAUUCCGCAGUGGCACUGUUCAGCCUGGCUCAGCAAGCCGCGUCACCUUCAGCCCGGCCCUUGAGCAGCGUGCUGAAUCUGUACGUCCUGGCGGUGGCGAUCUCUCGUUUGCUUCGUCGCUUCCCUCGCGUCGUGGAAACUUCCUUGGCGGUGCGUCUUCCAGUGUUGUCGAAGACACUCCGCUCAAGACGGUCUCGGCGGCGGCUGCAAAGGCCAAUGUGCCGCGGCAGGGUCGCGACCUCGAGUCGUCGUUCGCUGCGCCAUCCAGCACCGCAGCUGGCACUGCCAACAAUGGAUCCACCGCCUCGUCGGGCAAGGUGGGUGAAUACUUCACCGAGCCUUCGCUCGCUGCUCUCCGCACCGCCAACUACAACGAGCUCGCUGCCGUGCACAACUUUAUUGUCGGUCGCAAAGGUGUCGGUCAGAUUGAGUUCCUCGAACCCGUCGACCUCACCUCGAUCGACGACCUCAACGAUAUCGUGGGAGGCAUCGUCCAGAUCCGGCUUAAGGAGGUAGUCGUGUAUCCCGAGGAGGACGACUAUGACCCUCGUAACCCCAAGGACGGCGCUAAGCGCAACUUUGUGCCUGGCAUCAAGGCCAAGCAGGGCACAGGACUCAACGUGCCUGCGCGUGUCAGCCUCGAAGCGUGCUGGCCUACCGACCGCGCCACUCGCGAGCCGAUCAAGGAUGCCGAGCAUCCACGUGUCAAGCAGAUGAUUAACAAGCUCAAGAACAAGCCCGAGACCGAGUUUGUUGACUUCGAACCAGAGUCUGGCACCUGGACCUUCAAAGUCAAGCACUUUAGUCGAUACGGCCUGGACGACGCGGACGAGGACGAAGAGGCGGCUGCUAGCGGCGACGGCGAGGCCAAGCGCGCUGCAGCUGCCAGAGGGAGUAGUGGCAACAAUGCCAAGCGACCUGCUAGUAAGCGCCUUGCUUCUAUGACUGCCGAUGAAGAGGAUUUGUCGGAUCAGGACGCGUCGGUUGUCGGCGGCGUGUUCCACCUGAGCGAUGGAGACGACGACGAUGACGACGAUGCGCCGCCUCCAUUGCGGACGCUCGAUGAUGGCGAUAUGGACACCGACGACGAUGCAAGCCAGGCAGCUGCUGCAGCAGCGGCACUUUCUGCUGCCAAGCGCCGUCAGCAGCGCCAGUGGACGCCCUCCUCGAGCGCUACCGGUCGCGAGCGUGGAGGCAGCGCUACGCCAUCUCGAGCCAUGUCGACGGUGGGCAACGCCGCCGAGGCGCGACGCGUGCAGGUGAUGCAGGCGAGUUUUUUUGGGCAAGACGACAGUAAACUAGCUUCCGCUGCUGUCGUUCCUGCCAAAUCAACGGGAGCCAGCCUGAGCCAAAAGAAGACGCUCAACCUUCGACCUUCGGCCAUCGCGGCCACAGCAUCCGCACAAACACCGACCAAGCUAGCUGCUGCGCCAGUCGAACCAUCAAACGACCGCCCAGUCGAGGCACCGCGAGUGCAAGAAGAACAGCAACCGGCCAAGAAACUGCGCAAGCUCGAUGUGGCUCAGUCCGAGGCCGUCGCAGCUGAUGAUGAGAUACUCGAUGCCGGCUUGUCGCUCGGACGCAGCUUUCGAGUCGGAUGGGGACCUGACGGCGUCUUGGUGCACAAUGGCAGGAUUGUUAGUGGCUCUGCUACCAAAACGGAAGUCGCCGAUGCAGUGGCCUCGACAACGACAUCGACGCUCAUUCUGGAAAAAGUCAAGCUGUUCAAGGAUGCCGAGACGGCCAAACAGGAGGCCGAUAAGGCGGAAAAGCUGCUCUGUGUCCAGCUCGACCACACCAACGUCGAGCUCGACGAGGACGGCGUGCCGACGGCCUACACGGACUUUGCGACACGCUUCCGACACUUUGCCACAUCCUUCGAGCACAAGGAUCGAAGCUUCGAGGCGAGCCUGUGGCGACUUGGAGUUGCGCUCUUCGAUGAGAUCGAGCUGCAUGUGCCCGAAGGUGCACCCACCGCGACGGCCGAUCGCAUCCGCAACAUGCGCAGGAAAGCAGCGCUGUCCGACUGGCUGCGUCACACGGUGGCCGGCACGGUCGAGUCCGAGGCGCGCUCGCACGUGGCUGCUUCUCGACGCGCCGCCUUGCUGUUCAGCUACCUGAGCGGCAACCAGGUGGAGCGUGCUGUCAAUGCUGCGCUGGAAGCGGGGGAUUUGCGCCUUGCGACGCUGAUCGCCCAGGCGGGAGGCGACGAAGAGGUUCGUGCCGACAUUAGCGAGCAGCUGCUGUCGUGGCGGAAGGAGGGUGUCGACGCCCACAUCACGCGCGACCAUCGCCGGGUGUAUGAGCUGCUUUCAGGAAACGUGCUUGUCUCGAAGGGCACUGACUCGCGAACGACCAAAGAUCCCAUUGAUCAGGUGGGCGACCUGCCCAUCUGCGAAGGAUUGGACUGGAAGCGAGCGUUUGGCAUGUUUUUAUGGUACGAGGCGCCGUACGAGGCGCCUCUGGAGCACUCUUUUGAGCGCUACGAGGCGCAAGUGGCGCCUUCCGCGUCCGCUGGUGCCGGCAUCGCUCCGCCUCUGCCAUGGUAUCGGGAGAGUUCGAGUUUGGGCGCGACACGCUUGCGCCAGCUGCUGCAAAAACAUGGCGGGUAUGAUCGCGAUGCAAUGUUCGAGCUGCUCAAGCUGUACGUCGACCCGGCCUAUGGUCUCGAGCCGGCGCUGAACGCGUGUGCGUUUGGUGCGUCGAAUGUCGAUGCGCGCCUGCCUUGGCACUUGUAUAAUCUCUUGUCUCGCGUGCUGCAGCGACGUGAUUUUGGCGAUCGCAUCGAGCUUGGUCUUGCAGAGGAGGACGGGGACGACGCGGACAUGCUUGACAGCAAAGAGGCGGCAAGGUCGAAGCAGGUUCAGGGCAACUCUGCACGCGCAGACACAUUGGCAUCCGCCUAUGCGACGCAGCUCGAGCUGCUGGGUCUGUGGAAGUGGUCUGCCUUUGUGCUGCUGCAUUUGGAGCUGAGCGAGAGCCGCGAGGCAGCGAUCAAGGCGCUACUGGCUCGCAACGUGACCAAGCUCGACGACGAGCGUGACUUCCUUUGCGGCCGUUUAAUGGUGCCCGAAUCGUGGCUGUACGAGGCCAAGUCAUAUGCAGCACGCGCUAGGGACGAUCGAUACGGCGAGUACCAGCUGCUGCUCAAAGCGCACAACUGGACGGCGGCGCACAACGUUGCUGCGCUGCACCUGGCACCGGAAGCCAUCAUCCGGGGCGACCACGAGUUGGUGUCGGUGUUGUUCUCGCCUUUCUACCUGGAAGUGGAAGGCGGGGAUCCAGCGGACGAGAUUGCAGGUUGGGCGGAUGGCGCGGCGCUGUACAUCGAUUACGUGGCCGCGUCGAGGGAGAUCCCAUCGUUGGCUGCGCUGUUUGCGGAGCCAGAGACGCGCCAAUUGGCUCUGGAGAAGGCGGAACGGUAUGCGGCUCGUCUGCCGACGUUGGCUGCUGGCGUCAAUGCUCUGCUCUCGUAUUCUUCGUCGAGCGCUACGUGCUUUACAGCCGAGACCAAGGCGGGGGAGAGGACACACAUGGUGGCGAGGACCGAGAUCAUUGCGGGGAUCACUAACCUUUCGCGGAUCUUGGUGAACAUUGCUACAGCCACUGCGACCACCACCACUGCUGCAGCUGCUGCUACCGGUUCGGCGGCGGUGGAGCCGAGCGUGAAGGCAAAGUUGGAGGCGAUCGGGGCGGGGCUGUUGGCGAGCGGCGCCGUUUCUGGUGGUGGGGGCGGAGGUAGAGGCGAAAGGGACGGAGGGUGGGAUCCGGCGGCGUUGGAGGUGGAUUCUGUGCAGGCAGCGGCAGAUGACUAUUUGUCGUCGUUGGUCGCUAUUGUUUGA